AUUUUCCAAAUUCUCCAUUUCAUUGUUCGUCAUUGUUACUUCAUCGUCAUUUAUAUUAAAUUGAUUCAAAUUUUUUUCUAAAUUGAGGACUGCGUCUCCCUUUGACAGCCUCUCGCAAUUAUUGCUUAAACUAUUCGUAUCACGAAUAUAGCGUUUACGUUUAAGAGGUAUAAUUUCAAGGCAUAAUGCUUGAAUUGAUCGUUUUCGUGAAAUUGUGAAUUCGUUGGGAGCAUCGAGUUCCACUGGGAGUUUCGUCGUAUUGUGCUUUACAGUAACAAAGUAUGGGUGUAAUACGUCAGGCGCAGUUACCCCAAUUAAGGGUCCAUUCACGUUCAUGUUUUGGUCUAGUUUGCCGUCAUUAAUAUUUAGCGUUCCAUUUCCUUUCAUGUCUAUUUCCGAUGAGCAGUUAUGCUUGUCAAUUAGGCGAUUCAUGGUGGGUUCCAUAUCGUUUAGUUCAUUAGUUAAUAAUGUUUGAAAUUCGCCGACAUGAAAGUUACAAUUAGAAGCAUCUUUACUUGUUGGUUUCACUUCUAAGGAAUUUUCUAAAUUCUUUGUACAGUUUUCAAGAUCCAUCUUUAUGUAUUUUUAAAUUUGUACCUUAUUCUCUUUAAUUCAAAUUAGAUCCGACUAUUAGUAUAACGUGUUGUAAACGAGAAAGAUUUGAAAAUUUAAUCGCCUGGAAUACGUGAUACAAGAUACAACUGUAAUAUUGAAAUACGAGAAAUAGAAAGCAAAGGCCAUAGACUUUGGUAUAAAAAUCAUAUAAAUAGUUUUCUUAUAGCCAAAAUGGCAAUAACUUUCAGUAGAAAUUCUGCGGGAGUUGUUAACUGUUAUACAGUGUAUGGGAGGAAGUAAUACUUUGCAAGUAAUGGCGUGAACAAUGUUUCCGGUUAAAGUUUUUACGUUUCCCAAACUGUGCGAAAGUGUUUCGCGCCACUGGAUUAUGAACAACUUAAAAACAUACAAGUCAGUGUAUGUUUAGUCAGCAAAAUAACAGUUUAUACACAAAUCUAAGCAAAGACAAGUGAAUCACGAAUUUUUGUAUCGUUCCUCAAGUGUCAAAUAGUGAUAUUCGUUAUCUGAUGUUUUCUGCAGUCAACAGUUUUAAAGUAAAUUGAGAAAUAAAUGUAAUGCAUUGCGUUUAGACGUGAUAAUGAACGUGCCUAUUAGACAAAGUUAUUUAGAUUUAGUCAAGAGGAAUCUCCAAGCAAUGGAUCAGGUCAUGUUCCUUACGAGAAUAAUAUAUAUCGGCGAAUAUCGUUGCACUUCGGAAGAAUUACGUCAAAAGAUGAAAAAUGUUAUGGAUCAUUUAGCAAAUGAUCAUAGUGACUCUCCUGCAACGGGAUUAUUACUUGUUUAUCAGCAAUAUUUCAUUCAUAUACUGGAGGCAACGGAGGAAAUAAUUUUUCGCCAUUUUCGACUUAUCUAUGCUGAUGGAGCUAUGCAAAUUGAUCUUGGAAGAGUAAUUUGCUUGCCCCCAUAUCAUCAUGUAUAUCAAAAAUUUUUCCGCCGUUGGUUUGCGGUAUUUGCAAAACCACCAAUUUUACUGGAGAAGUUGGAAACAACUGGAUUGAGUGAAAUUGAAAAGCAAAUCACAAAUUGUCUAUUCAAGUUAUAUACGCUGUGCGAGUAUAUAUUGGAUACCUACGGUAUCACUUCUGUAUCAAUGGAGGAAGUUUUAUCGCACCUAGGUGAAAAAGUGCCACAAUGUCUGCCAGAAAGUGCAGUAUUGGAAUUCUUACUAAAAGUCGAUACCCCGGUAUUGAAGGACGUCGAAGAAUAUCUUGAGCUAUAUAUGAAAGUACCGCAGAUUGACUUUUACAAUGAUAAAAUUUGGCCACCCACGUGCGACUUUGUGCCUUACGACAUACUCGACGGCAAUGUCCCAAGGAGAGAUGUAAUAAUGCUGAAUCAACAAAGUCAACAGCAACAACGACACCAUUAGUGACUGUUUUUGUUUGGCAUGUGCUGCAAAACAAGUAUAUAUCAUUUAUACGUUUACCAAAUAUUGAACAUAAGUAUUCUGAAGACAUGCGUUAAUGGGUGGUAAAAGUCACCCAACUAUAUUCAAUUUGACAACACUUAUUUUAGAGAAUAUAAUUUCCCAUGAAAAUAGCAAUCUAUCUUUAGUAAGUUUAAUUAUUAUAAAACAUAUGCAUAUGAUGGCAGAGUACCUCUAUAGUCGCAUAAGAUUGAAAUUGACUUCAAUGCUCGAAUGUAACUAAAUACGUCUUUGAAAAUAGAUAAUCGUGUCGUAUGGACUAGACAUGAAUAUAACAUAUAUCAGGACGCUGAUCGGCAGGAAUAAAUACAGCGAAUGUUAUGUAAUCGCAGUUUCGCACAACUCAUAACGUCAAUUACACAGACUCUCAUUGUAAUUCGAAACUAUUGAUAAAAAUUUCUGGCAGUUUAUGGUAGUCCGAUUUUGUUUUCUGCAAUUAAUCAUCAUAAGCAUCGUUUCCUUGUCAUUUCACAUAUAAUUUAGUCCAAUCGCAGAUAAUCUUUUAACACACCUUAAAUUCGCAUCGCUAUACUUCACAAAUCAUCGUAACAAUAGUAUAGCCCUCAUUAAUUUUGUUAAUGGUAUAUCGUGUGCUCACAUCAAUUCCAUCAAUGGCAAUGAAUAACAAUUUAUUUGUUAAAGAUUAUAUUCGGAUCAUUCGAAUGUAAACCUUAGCCCUAUAGUUAAACCAGGAAACACACCAAAUACGUGAAAGUAGAAAAAAAAUGUUAAUACUUCUAUGCCUACACGAGUGGCUCAUAAAAGCAGAGAUUGCUCACGUGGGAGACCCGUGCAUUUAUUUCGAAAUUCCCUAAAAAUUCAUAAGCAUAUCUCACCUUCUCAAAGAUCGAGAAGUAGUUGCUCGACUUGUGCAGGAAAAAGAAUUAUGCAAACCUCACGCAUUUGUUCCAAGUGAACACGUACUUUUUUUUCCUCCUCCUGCCGUCUCUUCGCGUACGUCAGGCCAUGAUUUUUUUUUCUCAAAAAAGAAUUAAAUUCAUCGCUCGGAUUUACGUGCGAUUCCAGGAGGUUCGGAUCGAUAUUAC